UUCCCGCCCACGUGACCCGAAGGUGACUCACAGCUGAGCGGCGUACAGUGCAAGUACAGUGCUGUUGGGGAGAGAGAGGGCAUUUGGCGGCAAGGGGGGAGACGAGACGCCGCAGGGGAGAGACACAGAGGAGGAGGGAGGGGGGCGGACGCUAAGGGGGCACGCCGCUUGUCCGUGUCCUGCCCUGACUGCCGCAGGAAUUCGCGACCCGACCAGGAGCCGCACGCCACCCUCGCCAUGGUGCAGCUCACAAAGCGAGCUGACCCAGUGGAGCUCAAAGCCGUCUUCACAAAGUACUCGACGGCGCACAAAGAUGGGGAACAUUACAUGACCCCCGAGGAUUUUGUACAGCGAUAUCUGGGCCUCCACAACGAGCACAACUACAACCCACUUACCGUGCGCACGCUGGCCAGCAUCGCCGACACCACCAAGGAUGGGCUGAUCUCGUUUCAGGAGUUUUCGGCCUUCGAGUCGGUGUUGUGUGCCCCCGAUGCUCUGUUCAUUGUGGCCUUCCAGCUCUUUGACAAGGAGGGCAAGGGAGAGGUCACCUUCGAGGGCGUGAAGGCGGUUUUCAGCCAGACUACGAUCCACCAGCACAUCCCUUUCAACUGGGACUGCGACUUCAUACGCCUGCACUUUGGGCACACACGCGACAAGCGGCUCACCUACGCCGAGUUCACACAGUUCCUGCAGGAGCUUCAGCUGGAGCAUGCACGGCAAGCUUUCGCACUUAAGGACUCCAACAAGAGCGGCACCAUCCCCGCGCUGGACUUUAAUGACAUCAUGCUGACGAUCCGCCCGCACAUGCUGUCUCCCUUUGUGGAGGAGAACCUCGUGUCGGCUGCUGGCGGCGCGACUUCCCACCAAGUGAGCUUCUCCUACUUCAACGCCUUCAACGCUCUGCUCAACAACAUGGAGCUCUUCCGCAAAAUCUACAGCACAUUGGCUGGCUCGCGCAAGGACGUCCAGGUCACCAGAGAGGAGUUUGUGCUGGCCGCCCAGAAGUUUGGCCAGGUGACUCCGAUGGAGGUGGAUAUUCUCUUCCAGCUGGCUGACCUCUAUGAGCCAAGAGGUCGUGUGAUCAUGACCGACAUCGAGAGGAUAGCUCCACUGGAAGAGGGCUCGCUUCCCUAUAACUUGGCUGAGGCACAGAAACAGCAUGCACCAGACAAGUCGAGACCCAUCCUGCUCCAGGUGGCCGAAUCCGCUUACAGAUUUUCCCUGGGCUCAGUCGCUGGAGCUGUGGGCGCCACGGCGGUGUACCCCAUCGACCUGGUGAAGACGCGCAUGCAGAACCAGCGUUCGUCGGGCUCCUUCGUGGGCGAGCUCAUGUACAAGAACAGCUUCGACUGCUUCAAGAAGGUCGUGCGCUACGAGAGCGUCUUCGGCCUCUACCGCGGUCUAAUUCCUCAGUUGCUUGGCGUGGCGCCCGAAAAAGCCAUCAAGCUCACUGUGAACGACUUGGUGAGGGACAAAUUCACGAAGAAGGACAGCUCCAUCCCUUUGAUCGCGGAAAUCAUUGCUGGAGGCUGUGCCGGCGGCUCCCAGGUGAUCUUCACCAACCCGCUGGAGAUCGUGAAAAUUCGGCUGCAGGUGGCCGGAGAGAUCACAACGGGCCCGCGCGUCAGCGCGCUCAAUGUUCUCCGUGACCUGGGCUUCCUGGGCCUCUACAAGGGCGCCAAGGCAUGCUUCUUGCGCGACAUCCCCUUCUCGGCCAUAUACUUCCCCGUGUACGCGCACACCAAGAGCUUGAUGGCUGACGAAAACGGGCGCGUGGGGCCGCUCCAGCUGCUGACCUCGGGAGCCAUAGCUGGCAUGCCGGCCGCGUCACUCGUCACACCGGCCGACGUCAUCAAGACGCGGCUGCAGGUGGCGGCACGCGCCGGCCAAACCACCUACACCGGCGUUGUCGACUGCUUCGCCAAGAUCCUGCACGAGGAAGGUCCACGGGCACUCUGGAAGGGGGCCGGGGCCCGCGUGUGCCGCUCCUCGCCGCAGUUCGGAGUCACCCUCCUCACGUACGAGCUGCUGCAGCGCUGGCUUAACGUCGACUUCGGCGGCAGCAAGCCCGCUGGAUCACAGCCCGUGCCCAAGUCCCGCAUCUCCUCGCUGCCCCCGACCAGCGCGGACCACAUUGGGGGCUACCGCCUGGCCACCGCGACGCUGGCCGGCGUCGAGAGCAAGUUCGGCCUCUACCUGCCGAGAUUCGGCCCCUCGGGAGGGGGGGCGCCGACCGGCCCCGUGGCGCAGACGUUGGCCGCCCGUGGUUAGAGAGGGCUUCUCUAAGCGUCACCCACUCCCAAACUGCAAAUUUGCUCGCCUGCCCACCCGAGGCUUCCAGCACUCCUCUCCGGCAGCCGCCCGUCGCCCGGGUCUCGCUGCUAACCAUCGUCGUCUCCUAGAAAUAUAGCGGUGUUUUUAUUUAGCAUGCAAAAUUAGUACUGUAUAAAUGAUAUAUAUAUACAAAGACGCGCCGACACAGGUGUGUGUGUGUUUGUGUGUGCUUGUUAAUAUAUAUGGCAGUGUCAAGUGUUCGUAUAUUAACAUUCCCACCAUGUUCAUUUCCUUUGCCAAGAUUUAAACGUUUCUUAUUUGAGUUCCACCUUUGCGUGGUUCCUGGCCCCAAGUGUUAACCAAACAUUAUUUACACCAUCCGUGUUCAGUUUAAGAGGACAAUUAUUUGCUUCUAAUGUUAAAAAGUAAGAGUUUAUAUUGUCAUAAGGCGCACACUGUCAGACAGCUGACUGCCUGCUACCUUUAACAGGUCCAAAUUGGAAUAAUAUUUCACAUAUAGUCACAAUUAUAUUUUUAAAAGUGUGUAUACAAACUUGGUUGAUCCUUCGAAUCUACGUGUUGGACAGCUCCCAACAAAAUGGCAAUUUUAGGGCUAGCAAGCCAGUCUAUUGUCCCAACUUUUUUUCAGAGACAAUGGGCAAGAACGUACAUUCCAUGGUCUGUUGUAGUUUUUGCGCGCGCCUAAGGCUGACCACACGGUGGUCACUGAGUCUCACUCGCCCAGCACAGAAAGCUGCGAUUUCAUGCCAGUUCUCUGUAUCGGUGGUAAGUUGACUCCAGUCCUUGGUACCGGAUGUAAUUAUUGACGACAACAGGGUUUAGUUGGUCCUGUGAGUCUACAUUUUGUGUCUCUGCCCUUGUGAUCUGGUGAGGCUGAUUACAUAAUGCUUGAAAUAUAUAUAGUUUGUCCUGCUAACAAACUCUGGGAACGUGUUACUAAAGUUUAAACGGCCAACCGCACAAAUGUGAUUACUGCACUGUUGAGCUCACGCAUGCUUCAUGCUGCUACACCCAACACUGUGCUCUCAUCCAUGGAUUCGCUGUGGAAUUGUCGUAUAGGCAGAUGCCCGACACAACCAACGCUACCACUUUCCAUCCAAAACGGUUGCCUAGUUCAUGUGAAUCGCGUGUUGGCACUCAUUGAACUUAGGUCACCAUUUUUAUUUUGAAGAAGCAAGGCACAGUGUAAUUUUUCACAAUCGUUGCACUGUGUUGUAUUCGUAACUCUACCAAAAGAAAGAAUCCCUCUGUCGAGUAGCCCACGCAGGAAACCCAAGUGCCCAUGUCUGGUUGCUGUUAGCGCAGCCCUGAUUAAAUAAAGUUAUGUUUGUAUUUACCGCAGGUGGUGUGUUCAGUAGCUUUAAAGAGCCAGAUCAGUGAUGAAAACAGGAACGUUUAAACUGGGUGGUGGUGGUAGUGGUAUUUCAUACUGCUACCCCGGGCCCUGUUGCUAAUAAGAUCCCUAUUCAACGCUGACCCUCAACUCACUUUAUCGUCACUUCAGCGCGAUGUUUAAGACUCCACUUGAACACAGUCACAUUUAUUUGAACGGAAUCUACUUUAAAAAAAAAGCCACAAUUGACAUUCCAAGUCUAGCAGUCACUUUCCAGUAAACAUUGAGGACCAGGCCUCCUUGUACCGAGCCAUUAAAUGUCAGAAAAAAAAUUAGUUUCAUAAACCAAGUUUAUCUUCGGGUGUUGGCACCUUAAACUUGUGUUGCUUGUAGUUGUGCUACGUCUCCACUCGCUGUUGGGUGCUCUUCUCUUACUAUAGUGCUUGGAGCAUAUGUGCAAUUCCUCUUAGAUUUAUAUAUCCGCUAAGUCGAAGCUAAUUCAUUUAUGUGGCAAUCUGUGUUCCCUGUUCAUAGGUUUACCGCAGAUUUUGUUGAUAGCUUUGCAAUGAGCUUAUAUUGAAGUGUCGAUGCUUAUUUAUUAUUUUGGAAAUGUGCGAUUACACAUAUAUGCAUUCCCUAAAACACAUUUCGAUUAUUUUGCAACAGUGUUCGCUGCCGCAUUUUGGCAAAUGCAGUUGAAAAUCUAGUCCCCCCCGAUGUAAUUUGUUUUUAUAUUGAUAAUGAACAUAAAUUAAUAAAAGUACAAAGAUAAAUGUUAAAACAAGUGUGGGAGGCUACAUUAAGCUAAGCCUCAUACAAACACGCAUGCUCCUAUGGUGCUGUCAAUCAUUUCAAUGAAAUAAUUAGCUUUAAAUAAAAUCGUGAAAGUGUGCACUAACUGCAUAUGAAAACGCACAAACCCAAAACACAGCACACUCCAGCAAUGUUUAAGCUACGAAUGAACAGUUCUGUACUUUUUUUGUGCGUGUUCCGUCAAAGCAGCGUCGUUUUCUUUUGCAGUCGACUGCUUGGCUGUUUUCCUUUCUCUUUGCAAUAACGCAGGGGUCGCGGUAACUUAUAUUUUUCGCUGACUCGCACACUCCUAGUAUGGGGGGAGGGGGGGGGCGCAGUGGCUUGGCAACUCUGUCUGGAGGGUGUCUUGUAAUCUCUCUUCGCAAGGGGCGCUCGCUUACCAACAACGUUCACGCGCGCUUGCGACGAAAAGGCGCUUCUUGCAUCGAAGUUGCCCCUCGCUCGGCCGCACAGCAAAAUUGAGCUGCGUCGACCUUGCUGCUGGUGCGCUGCGAUUACGCGGUCGGAAAUGUGUACGCGUGGACGUUCAGCUGAGCAUUUGGGAGACGGCGCGUAUUUUAUGUGGCCCUCUCCACAAUAGAGAUGCUUUGCCGAUGUAGAACAACUGGUAAAUGGCCUGUCAGCGGGCCGCAUUUCAUUUUUACAUUCGCUCUUUGUUGAAGAGGUUUUUUUUAUUUUAUCAUUCUCAGGAAUGAGCACAUGCUUGAAUGCAGGAACAGGGCUGUCCAAUAAAACCGCAAGGCAAACGAA